AUGCCCGAGGCAGCCUUGCAACGGUCGGAGUCGCUGGUUUCCGGAGACCACGGACCGAAGUUCUCGGCUCGACCCAUCGCCUCCCUUCAUGGCACCUCUACACACACUUUGGCAAAAUGGAUGUUUACUCAUCUCAAGUUCCUGGCAGUAGGCUCGACAAAAACCGUAGCUUCUGCCAAAGUGUUCCUUGAACGAAUAAAACACCUGAAGUUUGAGCCAGAUGAAUCCAUGGUAUCCGUCGAUGUUGUUUCAGUCUUCAUUUUCAUCCCAAAGCAAGAAGCGAUUGAUGUUGUGAGACAACUUAUAGCCAAACGCUACAACGAGAGCAGCAAACCCCUGAAGUCUGAACAUUUACUCGAACUAUUACGACAUUGCUUGAAAGCCUACUUCACAUUUGGUGCACAAAUGUAUGAAAAAGGCCCUCCAAUGGGCUCCCCCUAUGAGGCCUAA